AUGACACUACGUACCAACAAAUUCACGCCCAAAGUUCUCAUCUCUGCCCCCAGACGCUCCGCAGCCCAGUCCUGUGCAGAUGGCAGUCUCGCUCUAUACUCACAGUCUACUUACUCCUUCGACACGCACUCAAAGUCCUCGGGAAUCUAUGUUGUUGGGGUAAAGAGUGGUCAAUCCACACUGUUGACCAACGACUCCAGAGCUAGUGAGCCGAAGUGGAUAGGACUCGGUCAUGAGAUUGUAUGGCUGAAACAAGGCGACAACGGAAACACAAGCUUUGUGAUAGCUGAUGCAAACGACGUGGGAAAGACGUAUACUGCAGGUACCAUUUCAGGGCCGGUUUCGAAUCUGAAAAUACAUGUCCUUGAGGAUGGGAAGGCAAUCGUGGCAUUCUCGGGAAAGUCGAACCAAGAUGGCAGUCUCUACAAUCCGAAGGACGUCGGCAAACCUCACAGCUCGGGUAGGAUAUACGAUUCCUUAUUCGUUCGUCGUUGGGAUGCCUACGUCGAACCACAACGGAACACCAUAUGGACAGCUCUUUUACAGAAGAUUCCGUCGAAUGUGACCGCCAGAGAAGGUCGCUGGAGUCUUUUAGGGGUCACCAACAUGCUGAAACGAUUUCCGCAAUUCGAAUGUCCAAUGCCCCCCUUUGGAGGCACUGAUCACUUUGAUGUCACAAGGGAUUAUAUUGUAAUGGUCUCUAAAGACCCCAGCGUCAAUCCUGCCACCCACACGGUGUGCUUAACCUAUGUCAUGCGAAUACCCAACCCGAUCUCUGUAGAAGAAACGAACGCAGAGCCGGUGAUGAUAAAACCUGAGGGAAAGCGUACAUGGGGCGCAGCUACCUCCCCAGUGUUCUCUCCAGAUGGCAAGUAUUUGGCUUUUCUUCUUAUGAACGAGGAUGGGUACGAGAGUGAUCAAAACCACAUUCAGCUUGUUCAUAUGCAGGAGGGGUCUGUUUUGCACAGCCAUACAUUGGAUGUUCGAGACUCGGACAAGGACUGGGAUCUGUCACCCAGCAGUAUCAUGUUCUCGGCAGAUGGCACAAAACUGCUGGCAACAGCUGAAGACACCGGCUGUGUUUGUCUCUUCGAGUUUGACCUGACAAGAUGGCUAACCUCCGGCUCAAAUCGAGCCACACCACGCAAACUCACCCACUCAGGUUCGAUUUCCGAAGUAGCUCGUGCUUCCUUUCUCUCCCAACAACUCUUCAUCUCAAGCUCAACGUUCACAGACAGCUCCAUCUACUAUAUCCUCGAUCCGUCUGACCCCGAAACCAAGCGGAUUGACGUCUCUUCAUUCGCCAACAACGGUGCAAACUUCGGUCUCUCCUCAGCGCAGGUCUCAGAGCUAUGGUGGAAGGGCGGGGACGAUGCCUCCUACAUGGUCCAUGCAUGGAUGAUGAAACCGUCUUUCUUUAGACCAGAGAAGAAAUACCCCUUGGCCUACCUCAUCCACGGUGGGCCACAAGGUGCUUGGGACGACCAAUGGUCAACUCGCUGGAACCCUGCCGUUUUUGCUGAACAGGGCUACGUUGUCGUCGCCCCAAACCCUACUGGCUCAACCGGUUACGGUCAAAAAUUCACCGACGCCAUCCGCGAAAGCUGGGGAGGGCUUCCAUACGAAGACUUGGUCAAAGGUUUCGAAUACAUCGAGUCUGAGUUCGACUUUGUCGACACAUCCCGUGCCGUCGCUCUCGGUGCAUCCUAUGGCGGCUACAUGAUGAACUGGAUUCAAGGGCAUGAUCUAGGACGCAAAUUUAAGGCCCUGGUAUGUCAUGAUGGCGUCUUUAGUAUGACAGCCCAACUCGCAUCUGACGAACAGUACUUCCCUCUUCACGACCUCGGAGGCCCAAUCUGGAAGAAUCAGCAGGGAUACGAUCAAUGGGAUCCCAGCCGCUUCACAGAGAAUUGGAGCACGCCACAGUUGAUCAUUCACAAUGAGUUGGAUUAUCGGCUUACAAUUGCGGAGGGGUUGGCGGCAUUCAACGUGCUGCAGAUGAGAGGCGUGGAUAGCCGCUUUUUGAGCUUUCCGGAUGAGAAUCAUUGGGUGCUAGGGCAUGAGAAUAGUCUGGUGUGGCAUACUGUUGUUAUAGAUUGGAUUAACAAGUACGUGGGCCUGCCGCCAUUAAGGGAUAAGGAGGCAAGGGAGGAGGUGGAAGGCUGUAGGAAGGAUGCUGUGCGAAGGUCGGUAGCGGAGGAGAUGAAAUUGCUGCGGGUUGUGGAAGAAUAG